AUGACACAAGAGGAAAAGAGAGAGGGUCCAGACCCUAUCCUUCUCUCCCUGUUCGCCAAUCGCUUCAUGUCCGUCGCCGAAUCCAUGGGCAAAUCCCUCCAACAAACCUCCAUAUCCACCAACAUCAAAGAACGACUCGACUUUUCCUGUGCACUCUUCAGUCCCGAUGGCUCUCUUGUCGCCAACGCUCCCCAUCUUCCUGUCCACCUUGGCUCGAUGUCAUUCGCAGUCAAAUUUCAAGUCGAACACUUAGCUUCGAUCGGGGAGAAAAUGAAGCGGGGAGAUGUGAUCAUGGCGAAUAUGCCGGUUGCUGGUGGAUCGCACUUACCGGACAUUACGUGUAUUACGCCUUGUUUUGCGGAUGGUUCGGAUGAGAUCAUCUUCUUCUGUGCUAGUAGGGGGCAUCAUGCGGAUAUUGGUGGUAUUACGGCUGGUUCGAUGCCGCCGACGAGCAAGACGCUUUUUGAGGAAGGGGCGAGGAUUAAGAGUUUUAAGAUCGUCAGUGAGGGAAAGUUCGAUAGGAAGGGACUGGAGAGGUAUAUGUUGGAAGAGCCUGCACAGUAUCCUGGUUGUUCGGGAACGAGGUGUUUUAGAGAUGUGGAAAGCGAUUUACAUGCGCAGAUUGCAGCGAAUCAAAAGGGAAUCAACUUGAUUCACAUGCUCGUAGCAGAGUGGGGUUUGGAGAUGGUACAACGCUAUAUGGAGUAUAUCCGAAGUAACGCUGAAAGUGCAGUUCGAUCAUUGCUGCGAGACGUAGCCAAGCGACAAGGGCAAAAGUUGCACGCAGUGGAAUACAUGGAUGAUGGAACACCCAUCGAGCUUGCCGUCACUAUCGAUACCAACGCUGGUUCGGCAACAUUCGACUUUGAAGGAACAGGACCGGAAGUAGCAGCCAACUUCAACUGUCCCCGUUCCGUUGUGAGCUCUGCGAUCAUCUAUUGUCUCCGAUCGAUGGUUUCUGUAGAGAUCCCAUUGAACCAGGGCUGUUUGACACCGAUCGAUAUCAAAAUUCCCAAAGGUUCACUGCUUGACCCUUCCGAAACAGCCGCUGUUGUGGGCGGCAACGUGUUGACCAGUCAAAGGAUCACCGAUGUCGUUCUGAAAGCGUUCAAGGCUGCAGCUGCGAGUCAGGGCGAUACGAACAAUCUCACUUUCGGUCUCGGAGGCAAAGAUAAGCAAGGGAACCAUAUUGAAGGGUUUGGAUACUACGAGACAAUUGCGGGUGGUUCGGGGGCUGGUCCGUAUUGGCAUGGAACUUCAGGGGUGCAUACGCAUAUGACGAAUACGAGGAUCACUGAUCCAGAGAUUAUGGAACGAAGGUAUCCCGUGGUACUGCGGGAGUUUACGCUAAGGGAUGGAUCGGGUGGGGAGGGAGAGUUUAGAGGAGGAGAUGGAGUGGUGAGGAAUAUUGAAUUUCUCAGUCCAGGGAUUCAGGUGUCAAUUUUGAGCGAGAGGAGAGUGUUUCAGCCGUUCGGGUUGGAGGGAGGAGAAAGUGCGAGGAAGGGGAUGAACCUUUGGGUUAAGCAGCGGAGGAGAGAGGAUGGGGAUUUGAGAGAGGGAGAGGAGGAAGGAAAGGCGGAGGCAAGGGUGAUCAAUUUGAGCGGGAAGAAUUCAACUCCAAUGGGAAGGGGAGAUAAGAUUGUGAUUCAGACUCCUGGCGGUGGUGGGUGGGGUAGGAAGGAUGGUAGUCAGAGAAAGGAGGGAGGGGGGAAGAAGACGCCGAUCAAUGAAAUGAAUGCGUCGGGGAGAAUGGCUCCGUUGUUGAACGACGAGAAAGCGGAAAGUGGGGUGAUUGCAAAGAGUGAGGACGAUGCGGAUCCGAAGAGUGUUCACAAUGUUGGAGGGGCUCAUCAUACGACGAGGACGAAGGGGAGUGUUGCUGAGUGGAGCUCGUUGCAGUUGGGUGCUUGA